AACGUUUUUUCUUUUGAAAUGCAACAGACUUUUACAUACUUUUGUUAUCUAAAAAACAAAACUUAGUAACUGCCCAUGCAGGUUUAUUGCACCUGCAGCACUGGACAAAUUUUCUCUGCAGUAAAUACAAACUGCUGCUGCUGUUUUUAUAUCUUAUCUCUUUGUCUCUGACAAGUUUCCUCUCUGCACUUCCUCUGUGGUGGCUUAAGAGCACGUAGUCUGACAAAGAAAUCAAAAGUGAAAGCUAAAAAACCAACCCUGUCUGGUGUGGGAAGAUAUGCGAAGCACAUCACCGACAAAUUAUCAAUCUAUAGACAUGCCACAUGAGGGGGAAGCUGUGUUGUGGAAAAAGUUCUAUGUCCAUGAAGCAGGAAAAACUAACGGGGCUCAUUUAAGCUUGGUUAACAAGCUUAAAGGCAUUGGCCAUAUUCCGGUGGGUUCUUCUGCAGCAUGUGACUAUGUUCUGGUCAUCUGUCCUGCUGUUUCGCGAGUUGGAACGAACAUCGGCGAGGCCCUGGACAGCAUGCCUGCUGAUAAACCAGCAAUUCUGGUGGUGAUGCAUCACACUUUCAAUAACAAACACGUUGUUGCUGAAAGCAAGAGACAAGUGAGCCACCUGAACGUCUAUCUCACUGUGGACUUUCUGUUCCAUGAGGGAAAGCUCCUGAGGGACUGUACCCGCAAUGACAUCGCAUGGUUUGACAUCCAUAAGUUUCUGAAAGGUCCCAAUUCCCAGGUCUCUCGGUGGAACUUCUUGGACAGAAUCCCUAUUUGGAAUUCUUUGGACGACAGUACCAAAUGGAUUAUUGGUGGUGUAGCUGCUGUUGUAAUAUUGGUGUCACUGGUGACCAUUCUGAUCGUUUGUCUUGACCGGAAGAAAAUUUAGGACAUCUGUGAGGUCAAUUAAUAACCUGCAUGACAAAAUUAGCAGGAAUCGAGUAACAACUGACAGUAAUAAAUGUCUCUUGAAGAGAAAAAAUAGCUGUGCUAUGUCAUAGAUGUCCAAUCAUCUGCACAGAAAUUAAUAACAGAAAGAUGCUAUAUUGCUGCAUUGUAUAUCACUGUACUAUGGUGAAGGCUGAUGCAUUUUCGCUUUUUGGCUGAAGCUUUUGAUGACUAUUAUAUGUUAUAUUAUAUGUAUCUGCAGCACAGCAAAGAAGGAAAUUAUAGAAGAAUUACAAUCUUAAAACAUGAGCCCGCUUAAUGAGAAUGUAUAGGCAGGGUUACCUCUCAUCAUAGUAAAUGUGCUUUUUAGUGGAAUGUGAAUCUUUAUGUAGUCUGUGUGUAGUAUUGCAGUGUGCCAUCCAACUUUAAAAUAGGUGUUUUAAAUGAAGCUAAAACAAAUCUGUAAAAUAAUGAAUGUUACUUCUUUAUGCUGAUGAAAAUGUAAAGAGCGCACUUUUUCAUUCACAAAGAAUAAAUAAAAAUGAAUAAAUCAUA